GGACGAAUGACUGAACAAGGUUUGGCAAAUGACAGGCCGUCGUCGCUCCCCCUCCCUGCCUACUCAGUCGAGAGAUUGACCUGCCCCUCGGUGUCUGAAACGCGCGUCAUUCAUUCGACUCGACUCCAAGGCCAAGCUGCGCCCACCUGCGCCCACUCCUUUGUGCACCGACCGACUCACUCUGGGACCCAGUCCAGCAGGCAGCGAGCGCUCCCUCCCGCUCGCGCCGCCCUGCCGGCGCCGCCGCCGCCGCCGCCGCUGAUGCCUGCUUUGCCCGUUAGCCGGGCCUGCCUCUCCUUGGACUUUGCACACCUCGGCCUCGAUUCCGCCUGAAAUGGGAACGAUCCUGUACGCUGCACAGCAUACAGGCCAUCGAGCGAAGAGCGAGCACCGCCUUCUUUUCGUCUUUCGCGGGCAGACCGCGACUUUCAGCCUAUUUCGAUCUUCAUUGGAGGAGAUGCCUCAGGCGGCAGAGAGAGGUUGGCGACCCCAGACUCUCUUCGUCAAAUCGAUCAGGCUCAGCUGUCAUCGGCGCUGCGACAUUAGCCCGCUUUUCCUGACUUUGAAAGUGGCGGGCGUAACGGGCGGGCGUACGCACACGUCAAGCUGGGCUGGGCGUUCAGCGCUGGGCGUGAGACAGCUGCAAGCGGAUUCUGUUACUUCGCCCAGCCGUCGUAGCUGCUUUGUCGGGCGAGCGAGCUACCAAGACGGUGUAAAUCAGCGACGAUGUUGCACAUUGGCUCGGCUCGGCUGUCACGGCUCAGCGCAGGCCUGUCAUAGCGAGGGCGUCAAAAGAAGAGACUGUGAAGUCGACAUGCCGUACACCAGUACGCAGCACAGAACAAGACGAGACGGCUGGGCAGGGGCCUACCGCUUUGACCCUUCCCCACUUGCACUUUGACGCCCAGGUCAUGAGACGCCAAAAUCAUGCUUGGAUUGUCAAUCUCGGGAAGGGAACGGGGACGGGGUCUGAUCGCGCUUCAUUGAUUGAUUGAUUGAAGAAGAAACGGAUGUGACUUGCAUUGGUACGUAGGGAUCGGACGGGAUCGCA